GUUGAGCAUUCAUUUACACUUAGACAACCGGACAGUGGUUUUGAGUGUUUAUACGAUCUAAAUUGUUUUGCUUUGGUGUUAAUAAUGUCUGGACGUGGUAAUAAAGGUGGUAAAGCGAAGGUGAAAUCAAUGACACGUUCAAAUCGUGCUGGGCUUCAGUUUCCAGUGGGAAGAAUUCAUCGUCAUUUGCGGAAAGGAAAUUAUGCCGAACGAGUAGGAGGUGGUGCGCCCGUUUAUUUGGCAGCUGUCAUUGAAUAUUUAGCCGCUGAAGUAUUGGAAUUGGCUGGAAAUGCUGCGAGAGACAACAAAAAAUCGAGAAUCAUUCCAAGACAUCUUCAGUUGGCAAUAAGAAAUGACGAGGAAUUGAAUAAACUACUCGGCGGUGUCACAAUUGCUCAAGGUGGCGUUCUACCGAAUAUUCAAGCAAUCCUUCUUCCAAAGAAAACUGAGAAAAAAGUUUAAAGCCCAAGUAUUUACGUAAAGACCCACAUAACAAUCGGCUCUUUUCAGGGCCAA